UUGCCAAAUUUCCCACCACUGCCCACUUGGGUGAAUUGUGACGUCUCAUACUCUACUUCCGUAACGUUAAACAUUUCAUUUAAAUUUACUAUAGUUGUUUUUAUUUUUGUUUAUUAAUUUAAUCCUUCUACUGAAAAAGGUAGUGUCGAUUUGACGUUGCUUGGAAAUCCUAGUGCAGAGCCCCCAAUCGUCUCUCUGUGGCUCUGCCAGUUAACGUUAAUGGGAUAGCACGAACGUCACGUUGCUAACACUCACCACAGUAAAUUCCUGUUUGGGUUGUCACCAUUUACGCAUCCAUCCCUCUGCGCUGCGCUGUCUUGUAAUCGUUACUUGCCUUCGACCAAGAACAGAAUAAAGUACAGCUUUCCUUUUUUGAAGAACUGCACUGGAUAUCGUGUUUCCUGACCGAAGAAAUUUAGUUACUACAAAUAUGGCACACUCAACUCAUAAUGGCGAAUUGGAAUCUGACAAUGUGGCAGCUGAUUGGUCAGUCAUGAAGAAUCGGGUGAACUCUUUUCAACGUUUUCCAUAUUCUGAAGACAUUUCAGCACAGCGGCUGGCCCGAGCGGGCUUUUACUUCACAGGCGAGGGGGACAGGGUGCAAUGUUUCAGCUGCAGUGCCACUGUGCAGAACUGGAACAGAGGUGACACCCCAUUGGAGAGACAUCAACUGGCAUCUCCGGACUGCAGGUUCCUCAGCUGUGCUCAUGGUAUGAGAAACUCUAAUUCGAUCCAGAGUCCUGAUUACGAUGAAGAGGCCGAGAAUAGAGAGUUCCUCCUCCGCACGGGAGAGGUGGUGGACGAGUCCAUGUAUCCUGUUGUACCGCACAUGAAGAGUGAAGAAGCGCGACUGAGUACUUUCAACAACUGGCCAGCAGACUCUCCAGUUCGGCCUGAAGACCUGGCAGAAGCAGGGAUGUAUUACAUUGGGAUAGACGACAAUGUGCAGUGCUUCUGUUGCGGAGGGGGUCUGAGUGGAUGGGAGCAAGGCGACGAUCCUUGGAGUGAACAUGCGAAGUACUACUCAAACUGCUUCUUCUUCUUGGGCCACAAUGUGGGCAACGUCCCCCUGACAACACCUAGGCCAAGGGCUAAUGUCCACCCUACAGACACUUUUGAGGGGCGUCUUGAUAGCUUCAAAGGCAGACAGCAUCCCAUUGACCCUGAGAGAUUGGCCAGAGCUGGUUUCUACAGCACAGGUGAACAAGACCGUGUGAUGUGCUUCAGAUGUGGAGGAGGAGUAAAGGCAUGGAUGCCUGAUGAAGACCCUUGGGAGGAACAUGCCAGACACUAUCCAGGUUGCAGUUUCCUUCUGGCAGAAAAAGGAGAAGAAUAUGUCAGCAGUGUUCAACUGAGAUAUCCAAAAAGGCCAACUCAGAAUGGCUUUUCAAGUCAUGAGAGCGGUUCUUCAGCCCAGGCAUUAAUUCACGGCUCCAGUGACAUGUUUGAGAAAGCCGAUGACCCAAUGACAGAACUUGAGAAACUCCAGAGGGAGAAGCUCUGCAAGGUCUGCAUGGACAGUGACAUCAGCAUCGUCUUCAUUCCCUGCGGACACCUGGUCACCUGUCAAAAAUGUUCAGCGUCCCUAGACAAGUGUCCCAUCUGCUGUGCUACCAUCACACAGAAGAUAAAGACUUACAAUGCCUAAAUGACAAAGAAGCCCGCCUUCUGUACGAAUCCCUGAAGUUCACUGAAAGUGGCAAAAUGUAAUCCUCAUUCCUACAAUUGCACAUGUGUAAAAUUUGAUUUAAGGUGUGUGUUUGUAUAUAUGUGUUGAUGUACUAAAUUCUUAUAAAAUAUAUAUAUUGUUUUAUUUUUUCAUUCAGACCUAAUAAUAUUAAGCUGUACAUUUGUGUCUGUUUGAUCAAGGAAGGGACACACUACAUUAAUAUUUAACUUGUAAUAUAUUGAGAAAAUUAUUUUUAUUUGACCACUUCACACACUAUGAUUGAGGUUAAUAACCGUAGUGCCUUUAUGUAGACUUAAUACGAAUAUUAUACAGUUUGUUUAAUUGACAUAAUCAUGUACCUUGUGUUUGCUUUUAUUCAUUUAAUAUUGCUUAAGACUUUUAAUCAUGUUCAAAGUUGAUUAAACUUCACCAGUCCAA